CUCAGCUGCAGCAGCAGCAGCAGCAGCAGCUUCCACCACGACAUGAGCCGACGGGCGGCCAUCUUGGCUCUGCUGCUGUGUUUGGUCUGCGUGGCGUUCAGCUCGCCGGCCGCCGCAGGGAGACGGACGGACCAGAUGACCUCAGGCAAGACAGACGGCAGAGAGCUGCUGGCUGUUCUGCAGAAUGUUCUGGAGAAGCUGCAGACCAGGAGACUGUCAGCGCUGGAGAGACGACACAGCCAGCUGCCGAGUUGUGAGGUGGGGGCGCUCUGCUCGGUGAAGAAGGGUCCUCGGUUCGGCCAGCUCUGCGACUGUCCCAAAGCCUCCAAGUGCAACUUCUUCUUCCUCAAAUGUCUGUGAUCCUCCGAGCCGCUGCUUCACUUCUUAUUUUGCACGUCAAUAUAUUUUAGUGUGUCGUCUGUAUGUACAUAUUCUAUUUUCUAAUAACCUGUGAGGUUUAUUUUUGCACUUUGAUGGGGCCAGGCUAACGACUCCCAUAGACUUCAAGUCUUUAUGCUAAGUUAACAGAAAAUGCUACCCAUAAGAACCGAACCACUGGACGUCCACAGGAGAAAAUUCUAUUAUUCCUUCGACAAAAUUCAAUUUCUUUAAUUUUUUGCAGGUAGUUUUGGUAUUUUUCUUGUGAUUUAAUUUUAAAUAUAUAAUAAUUAUA